GUGCCGUAGAUGGAGAUGAGACGACGGAGAAGAGAAGCUCCUCGACCACGAGACGAUAGUGAAGGCAGCAACUCCUCAAGCAUUCCAACCUGACUCCCCCCUUUCGUCCUCCAUCCAACCACCACCACCUCCUCCUGUAGAUCGGGCGGGCGGGCGGGCGAUGUCCACCACCACCGUCGAGAGCGGGGGGCUUCUCUUCCGCCCAUCACCAACGCCGAGAGGACGCCCCCGAAGAUGCGGCGUCCGAGCUCAAGCCGGAGGAGCGGAUGCAGCCUCCGACGACAAGUCGGUGGACAUUAUGCGCAAAUUCUCCGAACAGUACGCCCGCCGCUCCAACACCUUCUUCUGCGCCGACAAGUCCGUCACCGCCGUCGUCAUCAAGGGACUUGCUGACCAUAAGGAUCAACUCGGAGCUCCUCUAUGCCCUUGUAGGCAUUAUGAUGACAAAGCUGCUGAGGUAGCACAAGGAUUUUGGAAUUGCCCAUGUGUUCCCAUGCGCGAGAGGAAGGAAUGCCAUUGUAUGCUUUUUCUUACUCCGGACAAUGAUUUUGCUGGACAGGACCAGGCUAUCACCCUGGUGGAGAUCAAAGACGCGACAUCAAAGAUCUAAUUUCCCGUGCAUUUUUCGUCCCAUGUUUUACUUGACAACUAGUUUUUUUUAUAUUUAUAUGUAGUAUCUAUAAGAAGAUAUGCCACCGGAGAAAUUUUUCAUAAGCACUUCCGAAGGCUGUCAUUAUCAGUGCUCCUAUAUGGAUAUGAAGCGUCUUUGUUGUA